AUCUAUUCUCUUUUCUUUCUUCAUAUCUAUACCUCUAUAAUCAUGUCUGCCCCUACCAGUUCAUCCUCAGAGUCGCCACAGCUGUGCCACCAGUUUACGUUUUCUGAGAUUCAGCUAGCAACCCAAAACCUUGAUGAGUCAUUGGUCAUAGGCCGUGGGGGUUUUGGCAAGGUUUACAAAGGAACCAUCAUUAAUGGCCCAAGUAUUUCGACCGUUGCCAUAAAGCGGCUGGAUUCAACUUCUAAUCAAGGAGCAUCGGAAUUUUGGGCAGAAGUAAAUAUGCUUUCUAACCUAAGGCAUUGCCACUUGGUGUCUUUGAUCGGUUAUUGCAAUGAUGAAAAAGAAAUGAUACUUGUUUAUGAAUAUAUGUCACAUGGAACCCUUGAAGACCAUCUCCACAAACGCCAAACCCCGCUAUCUUGGGUUCAAAGACUCAAAAUAUGCAUAGGGGCUGCUCGUGGCUUAGAAUAUCUUCACACAGGUACGGGUAUUAAGCAUGGGGUUGUACAUCGCGAUGUUAAAAGUUCAAAUAUAUUGUUAGAUGACAGUUGGGAAGCUAAGAUUUCAGAUUUUGGAUUGUCCAAAAUAUGUCCAAAAAACCGGCAGACCACUUAUGUCAACACUGGCGUAAAAGGCACGUUUGGAUAUCUUGAUCCCGAUUACUUUUACACUGGUAAGCUGACCAGAAAAUCCGAUGUAUAUGCUUUUGGGGUGGUAUUGUUUGAAGUCUUGUGUGGGAAACGGGCAGUAGAUAGUAGAAUUCAUGAGGAGCAUUGGGGUCUGGCAGUAUGGGCUCAAGAAUCCAUUAAAGAAGGUAGGCUAAAGCAAAUUGUUGAUACUAGUAUAAGGGGGUCAGUAUCUCCUAAAUGUUUAAAGGAGUUUGCACAGCUUGCAAAACAGUGCUUGCAUAAAGAUCCAAAACAGCGACCUACAAUGGCCAAGGUUGUGAUAGGCCUUGAGUCUACUCUGGCCUUACAAGAGAAAGCCAACAAUAUAUUACAGCCUACCAGCAUGAAUUUUUUUGCUAGAUUGGCACCGAAAGGAAUAUCAAUAUCUCUUCCAGGAGGUAGAAGUUCAAAUUCUUUGGAGUUGUACUUUAAUACUGUUGUAGGUGAAAACCAGACACUACAUCAGUUUGAUCUUCUUACUUUGAAUGUUGCAACUAAAGAAUUCUCUAGAGCUAAUAAAAUUUCACAAGAUGCAUUUGAUGAACCCUUGUAUAAGGAAAAUUACGGAAAGCUGCAAAAUGGCCAAAGUAUAGCAGUCCUUUGUGCUCAGGGACAUGAAAACAUAUUCAUGAAUGAAGCAUCAAUAUUGGUAAAGCUUGAACAUGAGAAUGUGGCUAAGUUGCUUGGAUAUUGCAUUGAAGGAAUCAGUUUGUUCCUUCUUGAGAUCGCUGCAUGA